AUGUGGAGGAUCAGAUACAACAUCUGUGCCACCUUGGGUCAUGGUGGAGGCUACUGUGCAACCCUGUUCACGGCUGGACAACACUUCAUUGCCAUGAUCUGCACCUCACCUGAGGGCUACCAGCAGCGGCUGCCUCCAACUCUCAACUUGGGCCCGUGCUUUUCAAUCUGGCCGUGUGAUCUCUUUCCGAAGCUUUGCAACGCUUGGAUCGAGUUUUUAAGCCAUGGAGGGGAUGCCCAGGACCUGGUUAUUGUGAGUGGCAGCGUGCUACCACAUGACGAUGGUGCGUCUGGUGACUGCGCACCAAGAGAGUGCAGAGAGCAAUUUCGCAGUUCAAGAUGUUCUGGACAGAGCCUGCGCUACCAGCAGAUGCUUGGCAGGUACAAUACACCCCCUCCCCCGACGUGCGCAGCCAUGAAGAAACUGCGGCGCGCUGCGGUGCUUUGUGCACUGGCUAUCUGCUGGGCAUGCCAGACUAAGGAUCUGCUCUUCUGUGGCUGGAGCCGCGCUGAAUCCACCUAUGCUCACAGGCCCAUGAAGAUCAGCUGGGGGAAGACCCAUGGGGCACUGGCCCAAGGGGACUCCGCUAACCGCGGCCACCAGCCGGAUCAGAUGGGGGAUUUCUUGCCCCCCAUCGAUUUGGGCACUGGACGAACUGCUACAAGCCUGACGACAGGCCCUUGGGAAUAUACGAUGUGUGCAGUCUUGGAUGAUGGCAAUGCGAAGUGCUGGGGAUGGAAUGAACAUGGCCAAUGCGGAAUCGGAACAGAUACUGACGUCGGCGGUGUGGGCUUUGACGGAACUUCUCCUGUUGCCAUGCUCGGAACAGGCCGAACAGUGCAGCAAGUGGCUGGAGGCUUCUACAGCAUGUGUGCCUUACUUGAUGGUGGGAGCGUGAAAUGCUGGGGUGGAGGAUUACAAGCACUUGGGUUUGGAGAUACCACGACCCGGGGAACAAAUGUUAAUGAACUUGGAGAGAAUCUACCAGAAGUUGACUUCGGGACGGGCAAGGUAGCAAAAGCACUCUAUUCGGGCCAGGGCUCCAUCUGUGUCAUCCUCACAGACGACUCGACCAAGUGCUGGGGGAAAUGGCAGGAGGUGCCAUACGGAGAUAGCGUCAUGCGCGGGACUGCACCCGGCCAAAUGGGUGACAAUCUCCCGACCAUCGACUUCGGCACAGGAAGGCAUGCAACUCACAUCGGCCUGGGUCAGAACAUGGGAUGUGCUGUCCUGGAUGAUGGUGGUGUGAAGUGCUGGUCAGACAACACAGCCACCAACAAGGCGGCGCGUGGACAAGACACUGCUGGCUUUGUGAUGGGAGAUUCCUUUCCAGCCAUAACCUGGGAACUGGAAAGGUCGCUGUCAAAGUUGCAACGUGGUUUCAACAUUCCUGUGCCAUUUUCGACGACGGUACCCUGA